AAGCAGUGGUGAGAUUCGUGAUUUCUAAAAGGGGGAAUGAUUUAGAGUCAGCGCCAGGCGGAAGUACGUUCUCCUGGCGAUAUCUUCAUGCGGCGUUUGGAGACUUAGUAGUGAAUAGUCGACGUGUUUGACAAAGAGUGCUGAUUUGCGGCCUCCGGUGAUCCACUCUACCCCAUGGCCUCCAACGCCAACAUGGACAUGGAAGACGCAACGCAGCAGCUCCGCGACAUGCUAAAGCUGGAGCGGCCCACCAGCAGUGACAUUUCCUCUGCUGACAACCAGAAGAAGAGCUCCUUCAAUGGGGAACUCAACGGGCUUUUUGGAGUUGGACUCCUAAGCACUGGGGACAGAGCACCCUGUGCAGACAGUGUGAAUGGCCAGGACUCACAGAUCAUCCACCUUUCCGGAGAUGACAGCUCGACAUGCGUUGCCAUCUCCUCCAGCCAUGUGGAGAUUGUGGCGAGCCAGGAGUCCAGCAUUAGCAGCAAGGCCCGUGGCAGCAACAAGGUCACCAUCAAGCCUGUGGCCAAGUAUGACUGGGAGCACAAGUACUACUAUGGCAGCCUGAUAGCGGUUUCCAACUCCUACCUGGCAUAUGCCAUCAGAGGUGCAGGAAGCUACAUGAUCCGCGUGCUGUGCCAGGGCACAUCGGAGCGAACUCUGCUCAAGGGCUUCACUGGUGCUGUUGCUGACUUGGCCUUCGCCCACUUGGACUCAUCACAGCUGGCCUGCCUGGAUGAGGCGGGAAACCUGUUCAUCUGGCAACUCGGCUGCCAUUCAGGCAAGAUCCAAGAGGAGAUUCUGGUGCAUGUUCAGCGACCGGACGACACAUCACCUAGCGCCUGCAGAAGGCUUGUUUGGUGCCCCUUCAUUCCUGAAGACAAUGACGAAGGCCCUGAGGACAGCUGCCAGACCCUGGCUCUGCUUCAUGAGGACCGAGCUGAGGUUUGGGAUCUGGACAUCAUCAGAUCGAACCAUCGCUGCUGGCCGGUAGCUGCCAAUGAUGUGACAGAGGGCUUCAUCACUGUCAAGGGCCAUAAUGGGCGCAUCAGUGAAGGCGCGCUCUCUCCAGAUGGCACAGUCCUCGCCACGGCCAGCCACGACGGGUUCCUUAAGUUCUGGCAGAUCUAUAUUGAAGGGCAGGACCAGCCCAGGUGCCUACAUGAUUGGAAACCACAUGAUGGGCGCCCGCUGUCCUGUCUGCUUUUCUGUGACAAUCACAAGAAACAGGACCCUGAUGUACCUUUCUGGCGUUUCCUGGUCACUGGCGCUGACCAGAACCGUGAACUGAAGAUGUGGUGUACGGUAUCGUGGACUUGCUUGCAGACGAUCAGGUUCUCGCCGGACCCACUCAAUUCGGCUGUGCUUCCAAGCAUGAAAGCCGUCCUGGACUUGUCAGCGGAGUACUUGAUCCUGAGCGAUGUGCAGAGGAAGGUUCUGUAUGUGAUGGAGCUGCAGCAGAACCAGGAGAGGGGCCAGGCUGGUUUCACCGCUGUCUCAGAGUUCCUGCUCACACACCCUGUGCUCAGCUUUGGCCUGCAGGAUGUGAGCCGCAGCCGGCUGCGUCACACUGAGGUGCUUCCCCCCGAGGAGGAGAGUGAGAGCAUGACUGUGGAAGGCAAUCAGGGUUGUCCAGUGGAGUCCAAGGAGGGCAUCCAGAUCAAACUCUACUGUGUCCACACCAAGUGCCUUCAGGACGUGCAGAUCUGGUUUCAGCCUCUUGUGCGUCCCAGCAGCUCGCUUUUCCCACCCACCUCAGGCUCUCAGGACCACUUUGGUCCCAACGUGGACCAGGAAUCGGGACAAAGCGAGCUCCGUGUGCUGCCUGCCAUGCCAGCCCCGACUGACUUUCUGCCCCCUGCCGACAGUGUGAAGCCUACUCUGAUGACGCCCGAUGCCUUCAUGACACCCACUGCUUCGAUCCCUGCCUCCCCUGGCAGCAAUGUCAGCAGUCUGACUGUGGUGACUGCUAUGAGUUGCACCUCUGCUGGAGGCAGGGCUAGUGAGGAGCUCACACAAAGCUCGAAGGGAUCUCUUGAGAGCAGCGCCCUGGGUCUCGGCUCUGCCUCUGGCUCUGCGUCUGGGUCUCCUUCUGGUUCCAGGUCUGGCUCAGCCAGUAGCAGCCCUUGUUCCAGUGCCAUCCUUAUCCCAGGGCUAGGGGACCAGUUGUGCCCUAGCAGCAGCCAGGCAACUGUUUCUUUGGGGACCCAGAACCCGCCUCUCUCACUGGAUCUGCAGGCCAUAGAGCCGCUGCGUGUCCCUCAGGCAUCCCCGACACGGGAGCGUUCUCCGGAUGUCAUCUCCUCUGCUUCCACAGCCAUGUCCCAAGACAUCCCAGAGAUCGCCUCGGAAACACUGCAGCGUGGACUGAGCGUGGCUGUGGCUGGAGGUGUCGUUUCAAAGGGGAUCGAGCCCCUCAGCUCCUCCCUCCACACUGACAGCAUGGCCUCAGCAGCCUCUGCGUUGCAUUUGCUGUCCCCACAAAACCACAGUGGGUCAGACCAUGGCCGUGCCUCCCAGGAAUUGGGUGGCACUGUAGGUGGAGCUCCAACUGAUGGGGAGAGGCUUAACUCCACCCCUUCUCUUUUGGAGACAGCCCUGUCGCAGGAGGGUGCAGCUGCUUGUGCAGACAGUACCGUGAGCUGGCCUGCUGCUCCAGACAUCACAAGGGAGACACGCAACAGCCUGGCAGACUGUUCUCGUGACGACGUGAAGACGUCUGCCUUUCGCAGGCACUCGUACACUCUAGUGCGGAACAGCAGUCCGGAUGCCAGUGCCGAGCAGAGUGACCAUGAGGCCGAGGUGCUGAAUCUGGCGUCAUCUUCAGGGAACUGUUCUUCCCGCUCUUCCCACAAACUUCCAGUGAAGGACUGGAGGGUGUCACCCAGGUCAUCCCCAAAACUGAAGAGGAAGAGCAAAAAAGAUGAUGGUGAGUCCAUGCAGCCCAGACAAGCUGAUCUUCAGGUGAGCCUGGAGACACAAGAGGAGCUUGUGCAGCUUCUUCGUAGCCAGCAGAGGGAGCUGUCGGAGCUGCGGCACAACCAGCUGGAGCUGCUGCAACGGCUGACCGGCCAUAUAGAUGCUGUGCAGAGCUCUGUUUUGGCCCUUGUUGAGCAGGCUGUGGUGCAGCAGCAGGAGCAGAACCAGCAUUGCAUGGAGCGUGUGUUGGCAGAGGGACAGCGAAGAAGCCAAGAGCUGCAGGAGGAGCUUACUCAACAGCUAGUCCACACCCUGAGCACAGCCGUCUCCAACCGUUUGGACAAGGUACUCCGCGAUGAGAUGAAGAAGACGAUCCCGCAGGCCAUCUCCAAGAGCCUGGAACCUGUUACAGGGCAGUUGAGCAGCACGAUUGCCACCAAGCUAACUGCUGUGGAGGCAGCGCUGAAGGAGAAUGUCACCAAAGUCGUCAAGUCAAAGAAUACUACAGAUGCCAUUGGCCGAGCUGCAGCUGAGGCCAUGCAGGGCCCCAUUCAGUCGGCCUACAAGGAGGCCUUCCAAAGCACCGUCUUGCCAGUGUUUGAGAAAGGCUGUCAGUCCAUGUUCCAGCAGAUCAACGACAGCUUCAAACAGGGAACCCAUGAAUACAUCCAGCAGCUGGAGAAUCACCUGAAGAACCGAAAACAACGUGAGCAUGAUGCCCGGGACCCUCUUGUUGAUCACCUCCAGCAGGUGGUCGACUCACUGCAGAAUACUACAGACCAGCUGGCUGCCAAUGUGACUGCCAGCGUGCGCUCAGAGGUCCAACACCAGCUCCAUGUGAUUGUGGGGAACCUGCAGGAUUCCAUCCUGACGCAGGUGCAGCGCAUCAUCAAGGGUGAGGUAAGCCUGGCUAUGAAGGAGCAGCAGGCUGUGGUCACUUCCAGCAUCAUGCAGGCCAUGCGCUCGGCCGCAGGCACACCCAUCCCCACGGCACAUCUGGACUAUCAGUCGCAGCAGGCCAGUGUGCUGCAGCUUCUGCAGCAGGGGCAGAUCAACCAGGCCUUCCAGCAGGCCCUGUCAGCUGCAGAUUUGAACCUGGUGCUGUAUGUGUGUGAGACCAUUGACUCCCAGCAGGUGUUUGGUCAGCACCCCUGUCCUCUCAUCCAACCGGUCUUGCUGUCGCUGAUUCAGCAGCUGUCCACGAACCUGGCCACUCGCACCGAGCUGAAGAUCAGUUACCUCGAAGAUGCAGUGAUGAACCUGGACCACAGUGACCCUGUGACACGGGACCAUAUGAGCUCAGUCCUCACUCAGCUAAGACAGAAGCUCUUCCAGUUCCUGCAGAUGGAGCCACACGGGCCACUCAGCAAGAGAGCACGGCGGCUCAUGAUGAUGCUGCAGGGUCUGGUCAACCACUAGAUCUGUCCACCUCACACACUCAAGAGAAACAACCACCUCCCCUCCUCCCUGGUUGACAUCCAGCUUGAUUCCAUUCUCAUUCUGUAGGUGCAUGGUGUUUUACAGGCAUUCUCACAGGGGCUGGAAUCCAUAGCAGUGUCCCUGACCUCUAGAGUUUGUGUCCUGUGAGCAUAUUUGUGAAAUGCUGUCAUCUUGCUGGCUCCACCAUUGCUUCUAUCAUAGGUUCUUGGUUUUCCUUCACUUUUUUUUUUUUUUAGUAUACUCAA